AUCCAAGAGUUCCCAUACCACCUGUCCUAUCGGCAUUGGGUUUUCCACAGCAUCACAACAGACCACAGGACCCACGUUACAACAAACGUGUGUCAAUGGACAUAUGACCACGAGAUCCACUGGUCCUAGCAUAUACCACACCACCCUGAAGCUGCCAGCCUGAUGGAUCAAUGGAAUAGUCUGUUGAAGACAUAGGUGCUGCUCCUGCCCUCCCUCAGCGAGCCACCUGCACAAAUGUCCAUCUGAAAGUUUGCUUCCCAGAAAGCCCAACGGAUGACAAUGCACAUUUACAGCUAUGAAGGAAGGCUGUGGGGCCCAGCAGCUCUCCUCAGCCAAACCAGGUGGAGGCCUGUGCCUUGAAUGUUUCCAAGAGAGGUAGAACCACCAGGCCCCUCGACACUUCCUGUGUGGGGUUCAAAAACCCGCCUCCCCUCCCAGCCUCCGGUGCUUGCUUAGGAAAAUGCAGUCAUAAGCUGCCGUGUCUCCGCCAUCUUAGUAGAGUGAGCGUCCUGUGAGAGGAAGAUGCAGUCGGGCACUGUCUGGAGAGUUCUGGGACUCUGCCUCUUAUCAGUUGGCACUUGGGGGCAGGAAGACAAUGAAGAAACUGAUGGUCUUAUGCUGAAACCAUAUCAAGUCUCUAUCUCAGGGACCACAGUAGAACUGACAUGCCCUCUGGAUCUUGAAUCUGAAAUACACUGGGAAAAAAAUGGUAAAGCAUUAUCCGAGUAUCAGAACGAAAAGCAGCUAUUGUGGAAGGAAUUUUCAGAAACGGAGGACAGCGGUUAUUAUACCUGCUACACAGACUCGAAGAAAAAGAACCACUAUCUCUACCUGAAAGCAAGAGUGUGUGAGAACUGCAUGGAGGUGGACGUGAUGGCGGUGGCCGCAAUUGUCAUAGUUGAUGUCUGCAUCACUCUGGGCUUGAUGGUGCUCGUUUAUUGCUGGAGCAAGAAUAGAAAGGCCAAGGCCAAGCCUGUGACGCGAGGCAUGGGUGCUGGCGGCAGGCCCAGGGGACAAAACAAGGAGAGGCCACCACCUGUUCCUAACCCAGACUACGAGCCCAUCCGGAAAGGCCAGCGAGAAGUGUAUUCCGGCUUGAAUCAGAGAGGCAUCUGAGGACAGACCAUACAGCACGCUGCCUCCCACUGGUCUGGCUCCUCUCCUGGCACCCUGCUUCUCCCCAUUCCCUGGGCAAGUCUUGGACCCCACAGGAGGAUUGUUCCUGAACCAGUGAUGAACUCAUACCCUACAGCCUUGUCCCCAGCUCCCUCCUUCCUGCCUGCUCUGCUGGUGACCAGUCCUAGGACAUUGCUGCCGUGUUGUCCCUUGAAACAUUAUUGUUAGUUAUACCCUCACACCUGGCCUGCCACUCUUGUCAGGAUAUUUAUUUCUGUUAUUCUCUCCCUGCCAACUCUUCCUGUCCCCAAGGGAUGUUACUUCUCCCUUCAGUUCCUUCCUUUUCCUGUGUAUGAGUUGUCCCCCAUUCCAUCUACCUCUCUGUUUUUCCUGCUCUCUCUUCUGCAACCCUUUCUGGGGAUGGACUGGGCAGAGGUCCUGUCCCACUCACAGAUCCUGCCCCUGCUACCUCCCUUUGUCUCUACCUUAAGCCACUGCAUGGCCAUUUGCAUCUCCAUAAAUGUGCUGGCUCCUCUCAGCUGAGAGAGAGAAAAUAAAGCAUAUUUGGCUGAAA